AUGAGAAGAGGACGUGCUCCUUGCUGUGAUAAGAAUAAGGUGCAGAAAGGACCUUGGACUUCUGCUGAAGAUUUGAGACUUAUCACUUUCAUUCACAACCACGGCCAUCAAAACUGGCGUGCUCUCCCCAAACAAGCCGGACUACUACGAUGUGGGAAGAGUUGCCGAUUGAGGUGGAUUAAUUAUCUGAGACCAGAUAUAAAAAGGGGUAAUUUCACACCUCAAGAAGAGGAAACCAUAAUAAACCUGCACAAUUUGCUGGGAAACAAGUGGUCAAAGAUUGCAUCUUAUUUUCCAGGAAGAACUGACAAUGAGAUAAAAAAUGUGUGGAAUACACACUUGAAGAAAAGAUUAUUGAAUAGGAAAAAUGUGGGUUUCACUCAAGACAAUGAUUCUUGUACUUCGAGUUCAAUUACAUCAUGUGGAAAUGGGGAGAAAGGGAUUCAGCAGCCUAUAUUCAAGAAACCUAAUCAGAAUAAACCAGGGCUUCUGAAAGAAAUAUCAACACGUCGUGGGCUAAGUGUCGAGCAAAAAGAAUCAGCUCAUUUUGAUUCUCCGACUUCUUCAUAUGCAUCAAAUUUCUCUAACAUUAGUCAGCUCGAUGAUUUUCCGAGGGAUGAAGCAGUGGGAUCACGUUUCAACUUCACUGGACCGAAACAAGUUGAUAAUAGCAUGUCCCUGGAGACUAACUCUAACAGUUCGUCAGAUGAAAAGAUUGAAAUCCCCUUUGACUCUGAUGUUGACUUUUGGAACAUGUUAGAUGCCUUGGAUCCAUUACAGUCCUCCACUGAAUCUCAAUCAAAUGAUCAGUAUAAGGAUUCCAAUCUUGUAGAGAAUCCUGAGUGUGAAGUUGAGUGCAUGAAGUGGUUAAGAAAUUUGGAAAAUGAACUUGGACUUACCGGAGAAAAUAUUGGUGAACAUCCACAAAAAAAUGCAGACCAAGAGAGAGUUUUGGAGCCUACCUUGGAUUAUUUUCCAAUAUGGCCUCCUUCACCAGAAAAUUUUGGUAUCUAA